AUGGGGCUAUCAAAAACCAGAAGCAUAAGUUUCGGUACCGGGACAACUGUUUUCGGAGCAGGCUCGGAGUUUGCUGGCGAUAGGAUCAAAAUUCCAAAAUAUAAAGAUGAUUUACUCGAGUUGGACGGUGAGCAAAUAUGUUACGGUCUGUGGGAGGACAAUGUGUUGGAUCGUUUGAUGAAUAUGAACAACAUUGACCGCGAAUAUAUGAUGGAAGAGUAUAUCGAUUAUCUAACUAGCAUAUUUAAAGAGCUUCCUGGAGUACAUAAGCCCCCAAGCCGCCCACCACGACUGCGAUUACCAGCGUUCGAAGAUGAAUAUGAGACUCAUAAGUAUGCAUCAUCAUAUCCCAGUUUAACAGAUGGUUCAACGAUUUCGGGGGCUUCAUCGCUUGUUAUUUGCCAGAGGAAUCCAUCUCGCUACUCGCCUGCAUGGCGAGAGCCGCUGCUUCCAAUUAAAUCAGCCCAGUCCAAAGACUUGCGAGAAAUUCCUUCCAAACCAUCACAUGCAGAUGCUAUAUACUCUUCAUACUGGAAGCCUACGUUAGAGGGAUGGCCUAAUAGCUCCAAUGACCCAAGAAGUGUUGCAGUUAAGAUGUUGGUUCCUCCCCAAAUCAGGGCUGGCAUUGGGGCACAGUUCGAUGUAAUGAGCGAUUCUGACUCCCUUGAUUCCGAAACUUCAACAGACAUAUCUUCUGAUGACGACGAAUAUGAUCCGUUUGAAAAUUUAAACAACGCAAUCAGACAGGUCUUUUCGUCCAAUAAGCAACUAGCAGAUAGAGUGAUCAACUACUUGGUACAACUUCCCCCAGAUCGUCGAGCACAGGUCUACGGGUAUGGACCCAUCUUAUCGCACGGUGCCGACAACUUUCAGGAAUCAAGUAUCAUAGUUAGCUGCGGAAGCAAUUCCAGGCCUACAAAGAGAAAGCGUAUCGAUGAAGCGCCUCCAAGCAAUUUAAACCAGGACCAGGCGCUCGGAAGCGACGAUCAUGACGAUCGAGUCCUCGUUGACUGCCAUCCUCCAGAAAGCUCGUCACCUCACAGAAGGUUUGCCUGCGGAUACAAUAUCUUCGACAGGGUAACAUACAGCCCAAGAAAUACUAGAGGGAGGACUGCGACACGGUAUAAAUCGUGUGCCGGUCCUGGAUUCACAUCUAUUAACCAUUAUAAGCGCCACUUAGAACGUGUCCACACCUUGCACCAAUGCCCUCGGUGCGGGAAUAUUUUCGACAAGCCUGGGGAGUUACAAAAUCAUUUGGCCCAAGAUCCGAGAUGUGACCGACUGACAUUCGAGCAAGAACGUGGUAUGUCUCAAGCUAUGUGGGAUAGGGUUAAGGAUAUUUUUAAGAGAAGACGCAAAUCCCAGGGUGAACCUUCUGAUGAAGAAAGAUGGUUCCUUGCCUGGGAUGCUCUCUUUCCCGAGGUGGAAAGGCCCCCGACAGCAUAUUAUGAAGAGCCACACACACACAAUGCCUACCAAUCCAGGGUUUUGGAAGUCUUUGAUUUCCUCUUAGCCGAUCGACCUCAACUAGCUCCAGCCCGAAACCAUAGAGAUGACCUUAUGGAGGCAUUAAGACACGCCCUUAAUGUUGCUGGCCAAGGAUCACGAUCAGAUCAGGGGGCUAACGGACCCAUUGUGGCCUCACCAUUAGUACAAGAGCCUUUACCAAAUACUAGUGCGCAGGACCGGAUGCCCAAUAUAAACCAAACGGACAUUUCUGAACCUCGUAGGCUAGACACAGCCAAUACAUAUAUAGACGUGCCGAGCCGAUUUGAAGGGCCAAGGAAUCAAGAUAGCGAACCAAUAGAUAAUCUGGAUCUAUUUGGUGUCUCCGGCUCAAGUUACCCCGAAAUGGUUGUUACGGGCGAUGGCUAUGUUGAGGGAUUAUAUUCGGAUUUUUCUGAAUAUGGAAAUUGGUAA